CCCUCAAUGCUUUCCCAAUGGAGGCUGUCAGAUGGUUAGUAUAAUACAUUGAAACAUAUGUAUUAAUGUUUCCGAGAAAAAUAUUAGAUGAGACUAACAUGCUAAUGUGAUCGGUGCGAAUUCUGAUAAGAAGUCGAGAAAAAUGCAAAAGAAAUAGAUAUGGUGGUUUCUAUGGAAAAAUAUAUAUUUAUGGGACACGGAUGAUACGAUAGUGGAUGUGUUCACACUACUGUAAUAUAUAUCGCAGCUGAUGAGCAUACGUAGCAUAGGUUUACUUUUACACCACUGUGCCAGAGCUAAGUCGUGUCGCCAUGGAGCUUCCCUCCACGCUGCCGCCAUUAAAGUGGGCGUGCAGUCCGACAUCAUCAUCUCCAACCAUGUUCUUAACAUGUAUGCUAAAUGCGGCAGAAUCUCACACGCGCGCCAACUGUUCGACGAAAUGCCAGACCGGAAUCUCGUAUCGUGGUCGGCACUUAUGUCCGGCUGCAGCCAGUCUGGGCAUCAUGUAAGAGCGCUGGAGCUGUUUUCCCAGAUGCCCGUUGUGCCCAAUGAGUAUAUCUAUGCUAGCGUAAUUAGUUCUUGUGCUGCCCUUAGAUAUUUGCCUUAUGGGCAGCAAGUUCAUGCUCAUUCGGUGAAGUCUGGUUAUGCUUAUGUCGUCUUUGUUGCCAACUCUCUCAUCUCGAUGUACAUGAAGUUGGGUCUGUCGGGUGAUGCGGUCCUAGUUCAUGCUUGUACCUCAGAACCAAGUCUCGUGUCUUAUAAUGCUUUGGUGUCUGGUUUUGUAGAAAAUAAUUUGCCUGAGAGAGCUUUUCAGACCUUUAAGGCAGUACUCCGGCAGGGGCUCAUGCCCGAUAGAUUCACGUUUGUUGUGUUGUCAGGAGUUUGUCCCCAAUCAGAUAAUUUAACUAGCGGAAUGGUGUUGCACUGCCUGGCAGUCAAGCUUAGCCUCGACUCCAUUCCCUUUGUUGGGAAUUUGGUGAUGACUAUGUAUUCGAAGUUCAACUUGAUAGCUCCAGUGGACAGAGCUUUCAGCUCAAUAGAGGACAGAGACGUCAUUUCCUGGAACACACUGAUCGCUGCACAUUCUCAGUGCGAUGAUCAUCAAAACGGCUUGGGAGUUUUCAGGGAGAUGCUCAGUGGAAGUAAUGUCCGCCCAGAUGACUUUACUUUUGCUAGUGUCAUUGCUGCCUGUGCUGGGCUUGCCUCUAUACGUCAUGGUAGACAGAUUCAUGCCCAUCUGAUUCGCGGUAACUUCUCAUGGGAUAUUGGGGUCUGCAACGCCCUUGUCAACAUGUAUGCCAAAUGUGGUUGCCUCGAGUAUGCUUGCAAUUUAUUCAACACGAUGCAGUCUCGGAAUCUUGUAUCAUGGAAUACAGUCAUUGCCGGAUAUGGAAAUCACGGACUUGGACAAAGAGCCUUGGAGACUUUUGAACAGAUGCUACUAUUGGGAUUAAACCCUGAUCCUGUCACCUUUGCUGGGCUCCUGAUAGCUUGCAAUCAUGCGGGGCUAGUGGAUAAGGGUGUAAGUUAUUUUAAUAGUAUGAAGGAGGUUUAUGGGAUUUCUCCGGGCAUAGAACAUUUCUCUUGCCUCAUUGACAUGUUGGGUCGAGCUGGGAGGUUGCAGGAAGCAAAAUACUACAUUAGCAAGUCUGACUUUGGAAACGAUCCCAUCAUUUUGGGAAGUUUGCUUUCUGCUUGUCGACUUCAUGGGGACGUUUCUGUCGGAGAACAUCUGGCAGGAAAGCUUCUGGAACUAAAGCCUCCCACUACAUCGCCUUAUGUACUAUUGUCCAACUUGUAUGCUUCAGACGAGGCAUGGGAUAGUGUUGUCGAGGCGAGAAAGUUGUUAAAGAACAGCGGAUUGAAGAAGGAACCUGGGCAUAGCCUUAUAGAGGUGAAAGGAACAUACGAAAAAUUUACCAUGGGAGACCUGUCUCAUUCCAAGAUUGAGGAGAUGAAGAAUCUGCUCGGAAUCUUGAAUUGGGCUGUGGGUGAACUUUCUUCAGGUCGCGUGCCUCGCCAUUCUUACUGGGGAUUAGGGAGGGUUUGAUUUCUUUUUUGCUGGAUAUAAGGGAGGGCUUGAUUUUACUAAUUUCAGGAUUGUUUCUAACAUGCUGAAUAUUUUUAGCUGAACUUCGUAAAUAACACAUCAAUCAUCAAUUUCUUGACUAAUUGUCAGCUGGAGUUGUACUUCUUGUUGAGUCUUGAUUUAAUUUCAAUUUGGGAGAAGAAACUAAUAUGCUUUUCAGUUCAAGAAACAGCAAAUCACAGCGCAAUGCGUGGGGCUACAAGACUAGCACAAUGUAAAAUGCGCCAGUUUUAUAUAAAGAGUUUUUGUUUCACUUGC